GUGCCAUCAUUCCCACAAGCGCCUGUUAGCAUGUUUCCAAGGCCAGUUUGGCACAGAUUUGGAUAAGCGACAUAAAAAACUCCCUUUGACUGCCCUUGCUCAAAAUAUGCAGGAAGCAUCUACCCAGCUUGAAGAAUCUCUUUUGGGGAAAAUGCUGGAAUCUUGUGGAGAGGCCCAGAAUUUGUUGGCUCAAGAACUCAGUCAACAUGAAGUUUUUGUUGAAAAAGAGAUUAUGGAACCACUGAGUAAUAUUGCAGAGGUGGAUAUCCCAAACAUUCAGAAACAAAGGAAACAACUUUCUAAAUUGGUUUUAGACUGGGAUUCUGUCAGAGCUAGGUGGAAUCAGGCUCACAAGUCUUCAGGAACUAACUUUCAGGGACUUCCAUCAAAGAUAGAUUCUUUAAAAGAAGAGAUGGAUGAGGCUGCAAAUAAAGUAGAACAAUGCAAGGAUCAACUUGCUGCAGACAUGUAUAACUUUGUGGCCAAAGAAGGAGAAUAUGCCAGAUACUUUGUUACGUUAUUAGAAGCCCAAGCAGAUUACCAUAGAAAAGCCUUAGCUGUCUUAGAAAAGGCCCUCCCUGAAAUCCAGGCCCAUCAAGAUAAAUGGGCAGAAAAGCCUGCUUUUGGAACUCCAUUAGAAGAGCAUCUGAAACGUAGUGGGAGGGAUAUCGCGCUGCCCAUCGAAGCCUGUGUAAUGCUGCUCUUAGAAACUGGGAUGAAGGAAGAGGGCCUUUUCAGAAUUGGGGCUGGAGCAUCCAAAUUAAAGAAGCUAAAAGCUGCCUUAGACUGUUCUACAUCUCAGCUGGAUGAAUUUUAUUCUGAUCCACAUGCUGUUGCAGGUGCCUUGAAGUCCUAUUUACGGGAAUUGCCUGAACCUUUAAUGACUUUUAAUCUUUAUGAAGAAUGGACAAAAGUAGCUAGUGUGCAAGACCAAGACAAAAAGCUUCAAGAUUUGUGGAGCAUAUGCCAGAAAUUGCCAAAGCCAAAUCUUGCCAAUUUCAGGUAUCUAAUCAAGUUCCUAGCAAAGCUUGCACAGACCAGUGAUGUUAACAAGAUGACACCCAGCAACAUUGCAAUAGUGUUAGGUCCUAACUUGUUGUGGGCCAAAACUGAAGGAUCUCUUGCAGACAUGGCAGCAGCAACAUCCGUUCACGUGGUUGCAGUAAUUGAACCAAUAAUUCAACAUGCCGACUGGUUCUUUCCUGAAGAGGUGGAUUUUAAUGUGUCUGGAGCAUUUGUAGGUCCUGCUUCAAACUCAAAUCAUUUAUCCCACACUGGAAAUGACUAUGACACAGGCACUUUGGAAAGGAAGAGGCCAGCCAGUAUGGCAGUAAUGGAAGGAGACUUGCUCAAGAAGGAGGGCUUUGGUGUGAAACUUAUGGACUUCCAGGCCAGUCGGCGAUGUGGCACACUCAAUAGAAAGCACACAUCCCCUGCUUUCCACCCGCCACUCCCGCCCACGGAGGGCAGCACCUUGGCUCCCCCAGGCUCAGAGCCACCCUCCCACAGCUCUGGGGCUGAAAACAGUGCAGGUGGUGUGGCUUUCCCCCCCUCUGCUGGCUUAUCUGAGCCAGGGUCCAGUCAAGGGAAUGAUGACAGCAGUACCCCCAAGCCCAAGGACUCUGUGACUACAACAACUGCAGCACCUAUGAGAAAUGGGAGUCACAUUACCACAGGGCAGAAUCAAGCCCAACCAGCUGGUAACUCUAAUCAGCUAUCAGUUGGUCCAGUUCAAAAUUCAGCUGGCCCUAGCCCUCAUACCCUGCGCCGAGCAGUUAAGAAACCUGCUCCAGCCCCUCCCAAACCAGGAAACCCACCACCUGGGCAGCCUGGGAAUCAGGGUUCAUCAGGAGCAUCCCAGCAGCCUCCUUCCAUCUCACCAAAGCCAACUACUCGAAGUCCUUCUCCUCCAAAUCACCAUGCAAACCAAGCACCAGGCCAGAUCGCCACUGCCCCCCAACUCUCUGCACCCAGGAGGUACUCUAGCAGUCUCUCUCCAAUACAGGCUCCGAACCACCCACCUCCACAGCCCCCAACUCAGGCUACUCCUCCACCUCAGACCAAGCUAAAUAGUCAGGUGCCACUCCAGCCAGUGGCACCAGCCAGUGAGCAUGGACUGGAGCAGCCAGCUCACAGCCCUCCCCCGACACCAACACCUCCUGGGACACCACCUCUAGGAAAACAGGGACCUGGUCUUCAAACAUCUCAAACCCAAGCAGCAAGCAACCCUGAGAUUUCUCAAGCCCAGCAUUCACCUCCUCAUACUGGUACCUUACCAAGACCGCGACCAGUACCAAAGCCAAGGAACCGUCCUAAUAUCCCCCCUCCUCCCCACCCUCCUGGAGCUCAUUCAGCAGGGGAUAGUGGCCUUGUCAACCCAACCCAGACGGCUUCCAAAAUAGUCACCGGUUGGGAAGAUGGCCAGGACUGAGACUCCAAUCCUAGUGUUCCAGAACAGCUUCGCAGCCUCUUUCCUGAAAUCCACAUGGAGCCAGCGAGCAAGGACCUGGCCAGCCGCC